CUGCAGCUGGGGGAGCCUUUGUGGAUAAGUCACCUACUGAAGGGCGAGCUAUGAUUGAAAAUAGAGCAAAGAAUGCCCAACAGUAUGAGGGUGUAAGUCUCACAACUCGAAAGGUGAGUGAGAUAGGUACUUCGGUCAUUGAGGAUAGAUUGAAUAAACUCACCCUUCUCAUGGAUCAAGUUGUGAGUGCAAAGGGAAUAUUGCAAGCUUGUGGGGUAUGUUCUAUGCAAGGGCAUGUAACUGACCAAUGCCCUCAACUGACAGAGAGAGGAAGAGGGGAAUCUGUGAACGCCAUAGGAGGAUACCAAGGGAACCAUGGGGGUCCCCCACGUCCAAGAUAUGAUCCUUAUUCGAAUACCUACAACCCUGGAUGGAGGGACCACCCCAAUUUCAAAUGGACGAACAAUGAGAACACUCAGAAUCCCCUUGGAGGGAAUUCGAACUAUGAUCAGAUUAUUGAGGCACUCACCAAUUCUACUCAAGCCUUGGUUCAAGGACAACAGAACCAUACCAAGGACAUUGCAGACCUCAAGAGGCAAAUGGGACAAGUGGUGGACUUCAUGACCAAGUUUCAUGAGAGUGGUAAGCUUCCAAGCAACACAAUACGAAACCCAAAGGGAGGCUUUGAAGGCACCACCAACUGAGGACACAAGGAGGUACAAAGUCUAGGCUGAAAGACUAUAAACAUUAAGCGCUGCUUGGGAGGCAAUCCAAUUCAGAAGUAGCUG